ACAGCCGCGCUAAUGUGCGGUGGGCGGUACCAACAUGGCGGCUCUCUGAGUUUGCGAAGAGAAAUUGAGGUGUAAAUAAACUCUUCGUGCACAUUUUGCACAAUUUAUCAGCUUAUUUCGCCCCUUUAGUUUAUGAGCGAGUACUCUGAAGCCAAAAGAUGUCAGGCGACGGCAGCAAAAAACAGUUCUGGAAGAGAAACACAGCCAAGGUUCCUGGGAAUAUCCAGCAUGUUUAUGGAGCCCAACACCCCCCAUUUGACCCUCUGCUACAUGCCAAUCUGAUGAAAGCAGGAAACAAGCCUCCGUCUGCAACUACGCCAGGAAAACCAAAGAAAGCCACCACCUUCCAAGAGUUUGAGAGCAUCACCAGUGAUGCCUGGGAUGUGGGAGAUGAUGAUGAUGAACUUCUCGCUAUGGCAGCCCAGAAUCUCAACAUUGAGGUCGUUAUGGAGACAGCCAAUAAGGUGAUAGAAAACCACAGCAAGCUGCGGGAAAGAAGACAGCAACGGAUGGACAAGAUGACUGAGCCUGAUGAAAAAGAUGGACAGGAAGCACACGAGGAAGAGGAGGAAGAGCCAGAUGAAGAGGAUGAGAGAGAGGAAGGGGCAGAGACGACAACAGAUCUGUCGUUCAGUUCAGAGGCUCUUCCACUCAGUGGCAAUAGACUGGUGAAGUCACACAGUGAAGCCCCUGUCGGCUCGCCUAAAGAAGUAGGCGUUGAACAGGCAGUGCUUCACAGACAGCAGUCACUCCCGCACAGGCCUGCGAUUCCUCUGGUGCCCCGCAUUGUGGAUCAGAACACAUCCGGAACUCCUGCCAUGUCCGAGAGAGAGGCGUCGAGACUCGACAAGUUCAGUCAGGUUCUGGCCGGACCUAAAACUGAUCUGGAGGAGCUUCGGAAGUUGAGCUGGUCUGGAAUUCCACGGCAGGUGCGCCCAAUCACAUGGAAGCUACUCACAGGGUACCUGCCAGCCAAUGCAGAGCGGAGAGAAAGCACAUUGCAGAGGAAGCGGCAGGAAUAUUUCGGCUUUAUUGAGCAGUACUACGACUCCCGUAAUGAUGAACACCAUCAGGACACAUACAGACAGAUUCACAUAGAUAUUCCCCGGAUGAGUCCAGAAAGUUUAGUUCUGCAGCCCAAGGUAACCGAGAUACACAUUGACAUACCGAGAACUAAUCCUCUUAUACCUCUCUUUCAACAAGCUUCUGUGCAAGAGAUCUUUGAGCGGAUUCUGUUCAUCUGGGCGAUACGACAUCCAGCCAGUGGUUACGUUCAAGGCAUCAAUGACCUUGUCACACCCUUCUUCGUCGUUUAUCUUUUCGAGUAUAUCGAGGAAGAAGUGGAAAAUUUCAAUGUUUCCAGCUUGCAGGAAGAGGUGUUGCGGAACAUCGAGGCUGACAGCUUCUGGUGCAUGAGCAAGCUCCUGGACGGGAUUCAGGACAAUUACACCUUCGCCCAACCUGGGAUCCAGAGGAAAGUGAAGGCACUGGAGGAGCUGGUCAGCCGGAUUGAUGAGACGGUACAUUGCCACAUGCAGCAGUAUGAGGUGGAGUAUUUGCAGUUCGCCUUCCGCUGGAUGAACAACCUGCUCAUGAGAGAACUUCCUCUGCGCUGCACCAUUCGACUGUGGGACACUUAUCAGGCAGAGCCUGAAGGAUUCUCUCAUUUCCAUUUGUACGUGUGCGCUGCCUUCCUGGUGCGAUGGAGGAAAGAGAUACUAGAGGAAAAGGAUUUCCAGGGUCUGAUGAUUCUGCUCCAGAAUCUACCCACAAUGCACUGGGGAAAUGAGGAAGUUAGCGUUCUCCUAGCUGAAGCUUACCGGCUGAAGUUUGCCUUUGCCGAUGCCCCUAACCAUUACAAAAGAUGAGGCUUCGACCAGCACGAUCAGUGAAUAUGACGAGCCCUACUGACCUCGGAGGCGCAACUGUCUGUGUGAAGAUACUGAACUGAAACCGUCACAUUUUGAUAGGAAUAUGGUCUGCAGCUUUUCCUGGAAUUUUUCCGCACUUCUACUAAUAUCAGCACUCCGAAUGCCAUGAGUCACCCAGAUGUCAAAAAUCAUGCUCUCUUGAAACACACUAAUUUAAUCUUUGUUUCUUAGGCUUUUCUAUUUUUAAUUUAACCACAACCUUUACCAAGAUUAUUAUUAUUUUUUUUUAUGCGCACUGAAUUUAUUUAGAUGGCAAGAUUCUAGGAAGUAACGGCAAUAUCAGGACUGAUGCUGGUCCAAUUGAUUCAUGGCAAUAAGAAGACGUCAUUCAAAAAACAUGGUUUAUAAAGAUUCGCAGUAAGAGCGUUUGGCUUAAACGGCGCCUACGAACACUUAUUCUAACCUUGGUCUACCUCAGGAACCGGCUAGGAUUCGUAGGGUGUUCAUUUUGUCCCUGUAUGUGAACAGUGCCCAUGAGGCUUUGCAGUGGAGUCAAUAAAAUUUGCCUUAUUUUGUCUGUUUGAGUCUUGCAAGGCAGAGGUUCAGUGAAUAAGGGUGGCUAGAGAUGCAAGCUGAAGAACUGAUUCAAUUUUCACUUUCCCUGUUACUCACGGCCCUGUCAUUUUGACGUCCCAUUUUGAUAUUGAUAUAAUAAUCCGUACUGACUGUACAAUGCUGUCAUUAAUAGAUGUGUUUGGGGAUAUCAGCUCUUGACAUUUUGUCAGUAUUUGAACUGUGCGCUGCUUCAGUCAUGUCAUCGGGCUUUUUAAUUUGUGUGCCAGUUCUCACAACUAAAUAUAAGUGAAACUGCACUUGAUCAGUCUAUUUUCCUCCUUUUUGUACAAAGAUAUAUUCUAUGAAUCCGCUUUUUUUAAUUCUUUAUUCUUUUUUUUAUAUACUGUUUACAUUAACCUGUUAAGUUGUGCCUAACUUUAGAGAUUGAUGACAUCACAGAUAUUUAUUUUGCAUUCAUGAUCAUUUAGGAUGUGGCAAAGCAGAACAUUUGCCUUGACAGCGUUUACUCCUACAUAAGCAGUGAAUCCAGCAGCUCUACUGCUCUCCCUCGGCUGUUUGAUGGGCCGUAGAAUUGAAGGAAUUUACUGUAACUGACAUUCAGUGCCUGGACAACAUGAAGUUACAGUACGAGCUAUGUGGGGUUUCUGGACACCGGGCUUCUUGACUUAGUUUCUUGACUUCGAACUAUGGAAAUGUCAGAAUGGAUUUUAAAAGAGGUGCGAGUGAAAUGUUCUAAAAUGUUCUUGAAUUAAAUAGCUGUGUACAGAAUUAUGUUUUCAAAGAGAUGUAAAUAGAAAAAAAAGUGUAAAUAAAUACUAUAUAUAUGGUUCUAA